ACCAAUUAAUACCACACAAAAUACCACACCUCCAUUUCUUUUAUUUAAUUAGUUUUAAUUUAGAUUUCUAACUCUAAUUUAAACGCCGCUCCCCGCCACUGCACCUUGGUUCGGUUUCGGUUCGGUUCGUAUCGGGCGAUUCGGUUCGAUUUCGAUCCUGAAGAUCAGGUCCAGAGUCAGGGAAACUAAACGAACUGCUGUGUUUUGUGUUGUGUGUGAGGAGAAAAUUGGAUUGGAUUGGGAUUGGAGAAAAUGUCGAAGAACAAGAUAAACACAACGUCCGGCGUGGCGGCCAGCGAUUCGAAUCUGAUCGAGGUGAAAUCGAAGUUUGAUGCGGAAUUCCGGCGCUGGAGCUUCAAGCGGAAUGAGACGGAGCAGAGCUUCGACAAAUUUGCGGCCCUCAUCGAGCAGCUGCACAAGCUGACCAACAUCCAGUUUCUAAUACUCUACAUCGAUCCGCGGGACAACGAUCUGUUGCCAAUUAACAACGAUGAUAACUUUGGCCGGGCACUGAAAACAGCCCGCCCCCUGCUACGGGUCAUAGUGCAGCGGAAAGACGAUCUAAAUGAGUACUCUGGCUUUGGGACAAUGAAACCGAGGAAUCUGAUCGGCAGCAUACUGAUGGGCCACACGCCCGUGAAGACAAAGGCCCCAUCGAUAUCCAUACCGCACGAUUUCCGGCAGGUUUCGGCCAUUAUAGAUGUGGAUAUAGUGCCGGAGACGCAUAGGAGAGUGCGGUUGCUAAAGCAUGGCAGCGACAAGCCCCUGGGAUUCUACAUAAGGGAUGGCACCUCGGUGAGGGUGACGGCCAGCGGACUGGAGAAGCAGCCGGGCAUCUUUAUAUCCCGCUUGGUGCCGGGUGGACUGGCCGAAAGCACUGGCCUGCUGGCUGUCAACGACGAGGUGAUCGAGGUGAACGGCAUCGAGGUGGCUGGCAAGACCCUGGAUCAGGUCACCGACAUGAUGGUGGCCAAUAGCUCCAACCUGAUAAUCACCGUGAAGCCGGCCAAUCAGCGCACGCUGACGUCCACACAUCGCGGCUCGUUCUCGAGGAAUAGCCAGCUGUCCAGUGGGUCACAUCACACCAACAAUACGAACACCUCCGACGAGAUCGAGCACGACGAUCAGGACGAUAUCGUGGACCUGACGGGAGUAACCCUAGACGAGAGUCCCACAUCCACGUCCGCCGGCAAUCACAAUCAUCAGCAGCAGCAGCAGGCGGCGCCGCCGUUGUCCUCAUCACCCUCGUCGCACCAUCAGCAGGCAGCCUCCAAUGCGUCCACGAUAAUGGCCAGCGAUGUCAAGGAUGGAGUGCUGCAUUUGUAGGAUUGACCGGAAGAUACAGCAUCCAGAGAACUCAAGCAACGGAAAACGCGAAUUCACAGCAGAGAAGAGCAGAGGAUUUUCAGUUUAUCAGACUUAACUUUCCUUAAGAUCGAAUAAGUUCGUUAAACUCAAGUCAAUUAUUUAAAGUUAUACCAUUUAGGCCAGCUUAUCACAUGUAUACUGAUCGAUUAUACAUUGCUCACUUACUAAAGAGACGGGCAAAGCUGGAGAAUCAAUGAUUUCUGAUGAAAAUAUUUGUAAAAUCCAUAAGGAUUGGUCGGAAAGCAUGAUUAGCUGAGUAAACUAUGUAGAAAUCUGGGCAUUGCUUUGGUUCAUAUCAUGAUAAAUUACAAUUUUAAAAGCCAUUUCUGCAGAAUCCCCAGUUAUUUAGUAGGUGAGCGAUGUAUAAAGCAACGAUCAUAUAUGUAAUCAUACGUCUUUUCCCAUACAUUCCACGAAACUCACUCAAAGUCACACAAAACACACACAUUCAUUUGCACGUUUUUGAAUGCAGUCCCUUGUUUUUAUCUUUUUCCUUGGCAUAUAUACAUGUGUAUUUAAAUUUGUAAGAUAUACGUCUUGUUAUUAUUCUUGCUUGUUGCAUUAGAUUAGAGUGAGACCGCAAGUGAAGAGAAUGAAACAGAGAGAGCAUCAAAUGCAGAAGGCAGAGAAAUUUACUUAACUUAACUUAAAAUUCGAAUUCAACGAUUUUGAAAGAGCAAUAAUUGUAUACAAAAUCCCACAUACGAGCAUGAAUAAUUUAUAACCAAAACAUUCCAUUUUAUGUACUUUGACAUGUCGAAACCACAAAAAAAAUGGUUCUUGAUCUGCCAGACUCUUAUUUUUUUUGUUCAAUUCAAGACAAUAAUUCAGUGUACGUCUGCUAUGUCCUUUUUUAGCCCAGCUUCACAUUUUUCGGCAUGACUCAUAAUACUUGUUUAUUCUAUUUUUAAUAUUGUACUUUUGUAAUUUUAAAUUUUGUUCAUUCGUAAAUGUGUCCAAUACUCGUACAAGUUGUUUGUUGUAAUUGUCAUCAUUUAGAGUUACGGAGAAAGUGAGAUGAAGUUAACAAAACGAUAAAAACAAACGAAACACCAACAGCGCCUUCGCCUUCAAGAGAGAAAUUCGAUACUUUUUAUAUAUAUACAAGAGAAUAUAUACACUAAUACGAUCUAUGUUAAAUACGUAUCCCUGUAGACCUAAUUGAAGUCUGUAUACGCUUUAGUCAAAUCGAGAAAAGGCCCCUCCAGGCAGACUUGAAGUUAACAAUAUUCAUAUUUAUGAAACGGAACUGGCAUAACUUACCCUAGAUAGAUAGCAAGAUCUAGGAUAGAGGCAGCAGCGAAUCUGAAACUAUAUCUAAUUGCGUAUCGCCUGUACACGUCGCCCUUCAUCACCAUUCCACAUAUCCCUAUAUUACCAAGCAAUCUGAACUUUUAUCGAGCGAAAAGUCUCCCGAACACCCGAUUCCCAAGCAUACGCAUAUAUAUUCUAUAAAGGCAAAAGUGUAUUCCCGCUGAGCAACUGAAAAAGACCGAAAAGCAAAAUCACGAAAGAAAAACUUAUAUUUUGAUGUAUGUAUUAUUAUUUUUUAAUAAACCUAAGUAAACUUGUAA